AUGAUGGAAAAUCAAUUGAAUGAUAUCGGACCAGUAGUUGAAGAUUCACUCACAACCAAUGAUUGGACACUGGAAGAGUUGAGAAAGCUUCCAUGGGUUGUUCAUGGCUCCACUGAUUCUAUCGAUAGAGAUGUAAUCUACUGGAUUCCAAUCACCACCACCAAUAAAACAACACCAGCCUACAAGAGAAAACUUCCCUCACAGAAAGUUUGUUUCGAUUUCUGUGUGGAGAAUAAAUUGGAAGAGAAUCGGAAUUUAAUAGUCAUUGAUAGUGAGAAGGGAAUUGUCAUUGAUUGUUUUAAAGGAACUGCUGAUGCCAUCAAUAAUCAAAUUAAAUUAACGUAUGGAUAUCAUGAACAAAAAUAUGAGUGUCCUGUGAAGGAUUUUGUUCAGAGAAAUAUUGUGUUAAAGAUGGUGAGAGGUGUCAGACAGAUAUUGUCAAUGGUUGGACGAGUGAUGAGAAUUCACAAGGCAAAGAUUAGACAAAGAGCUGUGUUGAUUGAGUUUUUGGGAGUUGAGGAUCAUGAAUUGGUUAGUGAGCUGUUGGAUAAUUUUGGAAUUGUUCAUGGGUGUAUGGAUGAGGAUUUAACUGAUUUGUAUCAUGACGAUAUGAAAUCAAAUUUGAAAUCUUUGGAUUUUAGAAAACGAGUUGAAAGUGUGAAACUAAUUGAUUAUUCAAAAAUUUGUAAACAAUGUAUUUUAUGGGAAAGAGAAUUUAGAGAAAAGAAAUUAUUGGAGAAGGACUUUAAUGAGGAGCUAUUCAGGAAAUGGUUUGAAGUGAAAAACCUUAAAUGGGAUAAUUUAAUGCAAAAUUACAAAAUGCUUAGAAAAAAGCAAAGAAAUGUGGAUUUACCUCAAUUAAUUCAAAACAUGUUCGAAUCACAUUUCAAGGCAGGGUCCACAAACAAGAAAUCAAGCAACUCUGAACAAGAUUUUAAAACAGCAGGCGAGGAAGGAGAUUUUCUCCACAUUGUAAAAUCUAUUGCAUUCCAAAUGGUGCAAACAGAUGCACAACUGGAGAAUAUAGAAUUAUAUUCUAAACGAAUGGUAGUUGAUAGGGACAAUCGAACACAACCUUUAAUGUAUAGAGAGAUGGAAAAUAUGCUUUCUAACCUGGAAACCUGUUUCAAAGUUCUCAAUGAAUACAGAGACAUGAUUUCGAACAAACUCUUGACCAAUCUAAAUGUAGAAAUUAUUGAGAAUACUUACAAUAUUUUCAAGACAAUUGACAUCUCAAAGGAGAUGAGCUCAUUUCACCAACAAUGCAACUCAAUGCUCAUAGAUAUGAAGAGAGAAAGAGUAGCUUGUUGUCCACCAAUAUUCCUCAAAACUCAUCUGGAUUCCUCACUUUCUUUAGAAUCCCUUCAACACUCAACAAUUGAAAAAUUGGAAUUUUCAUCUGAAGAGCACAGAAAAUUAUUCUUUGAUUAUUCGAAAGACUUGAUUGGAUCGUCAUAUUGGAACUCUUCAGAUAUUGGUGUCUUGAAGAUGAAUGAACAAGAUUCAACCUCAUCUCAGCACCUUUAUCUAAAGAUUCAAAACUUUAUGCAUCAGACUCUCAAUGAUGGACAACUGGUCCACGAAUAUCUCAACGUGAAGGAUUACACCUAUUCCUUCAAGAUCUUGAACGAUGACUUGAUUUUAAUUAGCUGUUGUGAUUUGAUUGCUUUCAAAUUCCGCACUCCAAACCAAAUUCAAACUCUCUUCACUCCAAUUCUUCCUCAACUAUGCUCCAAAAUACUCCUCCCUUCAGAUUUCAUUCAAACUCAACAAGUUUCGUUCCAAGAAAUGAAAAAUCACUCAAAUUUCAUCUACCAUGCCAAUGGACAUUUUAUAUUCACCUCUAGCAUGCACUAG